UCAUUUGUACUGGGAGCCACAAAUGAAAGACAAUCUCCUGUUGCUUAGGUUUUUUUUCAACCUGUCCUUGCAAUUUGUUCUCCCUUGCUUGUGUUUUAAGAGGUGAUUCAUAAAACUUUUUCCCUUGCCAGUAGGGCAGGGAUCAAUGCAGCAAAGAAGGUGGAAUAAUGAGUGGAGGAAUCGGUCAGGAGGCCCCACUGGAGGCUCCACUGAGGACCAGAAUGAGGACAGUCUGAACCAAUCAAAGUCCAGAUCAAGUCCUAAAUUCCUUGGUCUGUCUCGCUGUGCCGCCUGCUACAACCGGCAAGCGAGCUCCACGCAUUGGCACGGGGGUGACGGGGAAUCCAGCUCUUCAGCAGAAGACUCUGGACCAGAGGUGGACAGGGAGUCAGAAGCAGAGUCUAGCUCCAGCAGCAGCAGCAGCUGCUGCUCGGGGGAGGAUUUAUCAGAAAUACUUGAACCUGGAGGAAAAGAUGGUGACGGACCUGAGGAGACAGGAGAGACGUCGGAGAGCCAGGGAGAUAAAAGCGGGACAAAGGGGAUAACUCGAAGAGCUACACUUGUCAAGUCUUACUCCCUGCCCACCUCAUUUGCUCCUCACCUCACCCCCCUGUCCCUCCUGCCCCGCCCUCAUAAAGUUGUCUCCACCCUCCACCUGCAGGCGUUCACCCAGCAACACGACGACGACAACGCCUUCAACAUCGUCAUACACCACCUGGCCAAAACAGAGAAGGAUUCAGCACAGGAAAGUAAUGGAGGAGGACGAGGAGGAAUGAACUAUCUGCUGCCUCCGCAGCCGCUUCAGUGGCAGCAGAAGGCGUUCUCAUGGCAACUACCAACAUUAGAGCAACACCAGCUGUCACACCAGUACCCGCAAACACCACAUCAGCUGUCGUAUCAACAUCAGCAACAACAACCUCCGCGCUUCUCCCCUCCCUCAGCUCAGUGUCAAAGGUUACCACCACCCCUGCACACACUUCCUGUGUUGCAACCCCCGACACUCCACACCCCCCUACAGGUCCCAAGUUCACCUCAGAAACAUCUGCACGCACUCACUCCACAACCAUGCUGGUGCUGUUACAAUAUGCAAUUUCCUUACUCUCCAUACUGGAGUUAUUAAGAGUAGUGGACGGUUCUCCGGAUAAUAAGAAUCAAAUUAAGUUCUGCAGUGUUGAAUUUAGCCAUUAAAUAUGUGAAAAAAAGAUUUGAAUAUGAGUUUAAUGGGAUGUUGGUGAUCGUACACGAGCCUUUAGCAUGCGUAGAUUUGAAGUUUCUCUUGUUCAUUAGUUACAUUUGUUUUGCUACACUCACAUUACAGUGUUAAAAGGUUAGGUAGCAUUCACCACUGAGACUCUUAAGACCCUGAAACAUCUUAUGUAUUGCCUUGCAAUUGUUUUUAACGUUUUGUAACUUAACCAAAUAGAGAAAAAUGAAAACAAAUGCUGUCAA